CAAAUUUGUGUGACUAUCUAUCUCUCGAGGGAGGGUGGAAAUUUCCAUAUCAAUUAAUUUUCUUAUGUAAUUAAUUCAAAAGAAGGAUAUAAUUCUUCCACAUACUGUUUUGAAUGAUUAUUGUGUAAUUGAUUCAAAAAAGUUGUGGGGUAGGUUUGUCUUAACGUGCCAGUUAUUUCCUCCCUACAGGCUUGAUUGGUUCAAGUUUCAAGCUUACACAUGCAUAAAAGGCGAGAAACCCCCAGCCGAAUGAAUUGCCGCCGAAAUGUAAUUUCAAUCAUAGCACGGACACUCGGGGCCGAUCGAACUGAGGAUGCUGUUGAAAGGCUCUUUCUUCAUAAAGAUACGAUGGAAGAGCCGCCCUGCCUGACCUUAGGCCGUUCGAGGCGCAACCAGACAUGGACCUCAUCAUGACCGAGGCGGAACGUCGCGUCGAAGCAAAGUGCGACGAAGAACGCUACUGGGCCCUGCAUCACAAGGAGGACCAGGACGAACAGUUCAGAGAGGAAGAACUGAAACGUCUGCAGAUGGCCCUGAAAGAAAAAGAAUACAGCUCAGUUCAGUACAGUUACGACGACAACUCUCAAAACUCAAAUUCCAACCCGGCUAACAACAAAGAGGAUGAAGAGGACGACACUCCCUUCGUGGCGCCACCAGAGCUCGAUAUUCCAGUCAACAUGGUUUUGCCUCCGAAUCAAAAGCAACAUGCUAUUAUUGAAAAGACUGCCCAGUUCAUCGCUCAGCAAGGAGGCCAGAUGGAAGUCCUCCUGAAGGCGAAGCAAGCAGGCAACCCCCAGUUCUGCUUUCUCAGUUUCAAUGAUGAGCUUCAUCCGUACUACAAAUUGGUGCUCAUGGCCAUUAGAAACAACCGCUACAAGGUCAUGGACACGAACGACAGUAAGAAAGACGAGUCCAGCAACGAUGACUCGGAUGGCGAACACUACCUGCACCCUAGUCUCGCCAGAACAACCAUAGUGGAUUCUGCUCCGUCGAUUCCAAGUGUUGUGUACCGUCCAAGUGCAGACUGUGCUUACUCGAUGCUGGUGAGCAAAAUCAAAGGUGUGCCUAUAGAGCUCGGCAAGCGACCGCCCGUAGAGGACGUGAACAAGAACAAGGUCGUGGAAACUGUCGCCCCCAAAGAAGAACCUAUUGCGCCCACUCCUGUGAUGCCCGACGCCGAGUUGCAAGUUGUUGUUGACAAAAUAGCCUCAUACGUUGCCAAAAAUGGACCUGAAUUUGAAGCUGUGGUUCGUAGUAAAGGUGACCCACGCUUUGCAUUUUUGGACCCCAAUCAUAUAUACCACCUCUAUUACCAGCAAAGGACGCAGCAUUUUGUAGAUGAACUCCAACCAAAACAAAAUUCCAAAAAUAAAGCUCCUUUAGUGCCAGUUAGCUUUUCAAUCAAAGCGCAAGCUCCAGAGGGUGUUUUGGAGAAAAGAUCAGUGCUCGACUUGGAGGCCCCUCGUCCCCGAGCUGCAGCUGCUUACAUGGCCACUGCCUUGCAGAGCGUCUCGGACGUCCCGUUACCUCCGUGUCCGCCCCCGGAAGCGCCAGAAAUCAAUAAAGAGGAGGAAGAAAGGAGACAGGCUGCGAAAAAACUGGCAGAAGAAAGACUGAGGGCCAAGCUGAUGGCAGUUGCUCGUGAGAAAAUGGCCAAUGUUAACAAAGAGAAGCAAGUGCAGCAGGAGCGAAAGAAGAAAGUUGCCGCCUUUUUGUCAAAGCUGGCCUUAGAGAAGAGGCAAAUCAUCAAGCCGACUGCUCCAGUCAUCAUUGGGCCGCAGUUGCCUCUGGAGUUGCAGCCUCCUGAACAGGAUGAUGAUGUCAGAUCCAUUCCAUCGCCCUCUCCACAAGACAAAUCUCUCUCCCCUCCUCCUGCCCCAACCAUCAGAGGCAUUUCGACACCACCUCCAGCGCCCAUUAUUGGAGGAAAUAAAUUUGAGCCUUCUCGGCACAAAGAUGGCCCAUCCUACAAUGGAAAUUCUAAGUCAUUUCGAAGGAGCAGAAGUCCUGGGCGCCAUUCCCACCAUAAACGUAACAACAGUUCCUCAAGGCACCAUAGACGUAAAAGAUCGUCUUCGCGGGGCAGAAGACACGGCCCUUCCUCCCAGUUCAAGCACAAGAAGCGCUCACAAGAAUCUGUUUCCAAAGAAUCCAGAGACGUUAAGAAACACAAGCGGCGUCGCAAGAGGUCCUCGUCCUCAAGUUCAUCAUCAUCCAGCAGCAGAGAUUCCAAGUCGAGAAGCAAUUCCAGAGAGAGGAGCUGAUUUUAGGAUAAUUUUUUUUUUCAUAAUCAUAGACCAUGUCUAUUUUCAGUACAAAUAAAAACCAUUGUGCUACUAAAUAAAGCCUGAAAACUUUUCAGUA